AUGGAUGUCACUCUUCCUAUUGAGCCAGCUGCAUCAAACGGACACAAGUUUAUUUUGGUAGCUAUUGAUUACUUCACAAAAUGGGUAGAAGCAUCUUUACACAAGUCUGUGACAAAGAAGGUGGUGAUAGAUUUUGUUCACAAUAAUAUAGUUUGUACAUUUGGCAUCCCUAAUUCAAUUACAAUAGAUAAUGGAGCUAAUCUCAAUAGUGGUUUGAUGCAUGAGAUAUGUGAAAAGUUCAAAAUUAUUCACCGCAAUUCCACUCCUUAUCGACCUCAAAUGAAUGGAGCAGUUGAGGCUGCCAAUAAGAAUAUCAAAAGAAUAUUGCGGAAGAUGAUUGAUAAUUACAAAUAUUUUCAAGAGAAUUUUCCAUUUGCCUUCCUCAGCUAUCGCACCACAAUUAGGACAUCGAUUGGGGAAACACCUUAUCUUUUUGUUUAUGGAACAGAAGCAGUAUUACCAAUAGAAGUUGAGAUACCAUCCCUGAGGAUAAUCCAAGAAGUUGAGUCGAGUGAUGCCAAAUGGAUACGAAGAUGA